CUCUCUCUCUCUCUCUCUCUCUCAGUGCUGGUUUGUGCUCGCUCUGUUCUGCAGACUCUCCGUGCUGCUGCAGACCGAGGUGAAGUAAUGGAUCGUCUUCUUCUAUCUCUUUUGCACCGGAUGGCAGUCCUGACUCUGGUGGCCUCAGCAGCUGUGGAAAGCAUAGCUGAUGAGGGAGACUACAGUUGGGCCAGGAUGAAGGUGCCAUUGGUUGUGGACAGACAGACGGUUCGGCUGCAAAACCCCAAGUUUAGCAGUCCCAGAGAUCCAGGCACAGUGUGUGGGAUCGAGUGCCAGAGGAACCUUCCAGAACCAGGACCUGCUGAGCUGGAGCAGCUCCUGUCCUAUGAGACGUUCUUUGAGAACGGGACACGUACACUGACCAAAGUGGUGCUAGAGGGUCUUCAUAAUGUGAGGAACAUUUCAUUCCAUCCUUCUGCCUCUCCGGUAGGCCUCAAACGAGAAAGACGUCAUGUUUACGGCUUGGAUGGCCGCUUCGUGAUCACGGACAAGCGCUACAUCACUAGCUACCCAUUUUCUGCUUCAGUGAAGCUUUCCAUGGGAUGCUCAGGGAUUCUAGUGUCUCCCAGACAUGUGCUGACAGCCGCCCACUGUGUCCAUGACGGGAAAGACUACUUGAAAGGAAGCAGGAGGCUGCGAGUGGGCAUAAUGAAGUUACGAUCCAAACGAGGCAGAGGGAGAGGUGGCAAGAAGAGCAGACAGCAGGAAAUGAGACCUGACGCAGAAGAUGUUGCUGAAUCAACUGGAGAGAAAAGAGAGCGGAAGAAGGGGAGGAAAAGGAAGAACCGUAUAAGGCGAAGCACUGUGGUUGGCAAGUCCAUGUUUGGCGGGGAACGGCAGGAGUCCAAGCAGCCAAGGCUCCGUUGGACGCGGGUCAAGCAGACGUACGUUCCCAAAGGCUGGAUGGGUGAAGUGGGCAAUAAAUUGGCUCUGGACUACGACUAUGCCUUGCUCGAGCUGAAGCGAUCUGCCCGAACGAAGCACAUGGACUUGGGUGUGGUUCCCCUGAUCAAGCGAAUUCCAGCUGCGAGGAUACACUUUUCCGGCUUUGACAACGACCACCCGGGGAAAGUAGUGUACCGUUUCUGCUCCGUUUCUGACGAGUCCAAAGAUCUGAUGUACCAGUACUGUGAUGCCCAGCAAGGAUCAAGUGGAGCAGGAGUCUACGUGAGGCUCGGUGAGCCAUCCAAGAGUACGAAGGGUAGAAGGAAAUGGAGGCGGAAGGUUAUUGGUGUGUUCUCAGGGCACAGGUGGGUGGACGUGAAUGGAACGCAAAAGGACUACAAUGUGGCGGUCAGAAUCACGCCAGCAAAGUUUGCACAGAUAUGCCACUGGAUUCACGGAGACUCCAGCCAGUGCAAACUAGCCUGACCUGGUCUUGAGUGGACGUCCUCUGUAGCUGAUAUUUAAUGGAUGCUUGCUAUCCAGUCCCCUAAAUAUUUCCCAGGGAUCGGUUUAAGAAGCGGGUUGACACUUUGAGACAUUAAUUAGCUAAUUAUCACUGAAUUUAGCCGACCUGCUUUCUGUCCAGAAAACCAGGAUGUCAAGAUGUUUCCAGACUCCUGAAUGGUUGUUUAUUUAUCAUUUUUUUCCCAAAAAAUUGUGCUGGUAUUUGAUUUGUGGAUCACCAGGCCUUUCAGAAGUUAUGCCACCUAAGUGAACCCUAAAUGUCAGACUCCUGGACUCCUAAACCUUCAAACCAGUGGUCACCAACUCUCUUACCUAAAACUAAUGCAGGGGUGCCCAAUCCUGGACCUGGAGAUCUACCACCCUGCAGAGUUCAGCUAACACACCUGAUCUGGGUAAUGCAGGCCUUCAGAGGCAUCUGCACAUUCGAGCCAGGUGUGUUGGAUCUGAACUCUCCAGUGGGGUGGAUCUCCAGGGCCAAGAUUGAGCAACCCAGCAUUAAUGGCUCUGAUCCAGCCAAUCAGGCACUUCUGAAGAUGUUAAUUAGCUGCAGCAGGUGUGGCAGACAGAAGUUGGAACUUUGCAGGAAAGUAGACCUUCAGGACCAGACCUGGUCACCACCUCUUUAAACAAUCAUUACCACUUCCUGUCCUGUUCAGGACUUUCAGCUGACCUUGUCAGAGCUGGAGUCAAAUAUGGUGGCAUAGUUCACAUUUAACUACAGGAUAAUCACAACUGAAUUACUUCAUCAUAGUCCAUGGCAACAAUAAAGGUAUAGGGUAAAUAUAUGGCAAUACAGAUACUGAAGGGCAGGGUUACAUACUGGAGUGAGUUAUGAAUAGGGCUCAAUCUCAAAUAGCUCCAUACUCCCUAUAUAGUGCACUAUAUAGGUAAAGGGCCAGCAACCCAAAUGUUAAGAGCAGCCAUUUUGCUCUUUCAACAAAAAUCAAACCACCUUGGGAG